AUGGCCUCCCCCCCCUCAAAGAUCAACAUCCUCAUUACCUCCUUCACAGGCUCCUCCCUCCCCCCAACCCUCUCCCUCGCCCUCCCCCCCUCAACCCCCAUCUCAACCCUCAUCACCACCCUCGACUCCCGCCUCCCCUCGUCCUCCUCCCUCCUCUGCACCCGCCAACUCCUCCUAACAACCCUCUCCUCCACCUACCUCCCCCCCUCCUCACCCUCCCCCAUCUCUUCCUUACUCUCCUCACAAAAAGAUGACUUCCUCACCCUCCGCCUCUCAGCCCCCCUCUGCGGCGGCAAAGGCGGCUUCGGCUCCCAACUCCGCGCAGCAGGAGGCCGCAUGUCCAAGCGCAAAAAAACCCAAGAAGACAACGGCUCCUCCCGCAACCUCGACGGCCGAAGGCUACGGACCGUCACCGAGGCGAAAGCACUCGCCGAGUACCUCGCUAUCAAACCUGAGAUGGACAAGAAAGAAAGGGAGGCGCGCAAGAAGAGGUGGGAGCAGAUUGUGGAGAUGACGGAGAGGAAGCAAGAGGAGAUCAAAUAUGGGAGUAAAAAGGUUGGGUUGGAUGGGAAGUGGGUCGAGGAGAAGGAGGUGGGGGAGGAGAGGAUGAGGGAGGCGGUUGCGGAGGCGAUGAGGAGGGGGUUGGUGGUUGAUAAUCUUUUGGGGACGUCGGUGGGGAGUAGUGGUUCUGGCUCAGGUUCGGGAGAGGAGGAGGAGGAGGAUAGGGAGAUGGGGGAUGGUAGUGAGGGGAGUGAGGAGCACAGUCAAGGGUCGAAAGAGACGACGCCGCCUUCGGAGGUUGAGCCUGAGGCUGACACGGCAAAGGUGGAGGGUAAAGGGAAGGGGAAGGAGAAGGAGGUGGUGAAGCCGGUGGAGAAACCUCAGGCGAGGACCUUUUUCGGCUUUGAUGAGGAUGAUGAGUUCAUGAGCUCUGAUGAGGAGUGA